AUGCAUGUGAGCUGCCUUUCGGGAAAAGAAACCAGCAUGUAUCCAGGACCCAUCAGAAGCAACUACCACAGUCUGCUAGCACAAAACUUUGCCUCUGAGACGCCUUAUACCGAUUACACGGGAUACCUUCAUGUGGAAAACAUGGAAGACCCCAGGCAGCCUUUGGGAAGUUGGGGAUCUCCCUACAGCCUACCAAGGGAGGACUGGAACACCUAUGGCUCUGGAUCCUCUGGCGUGAGUGGAUCCUCUCCUGGGCAGGCCUCCUAUAUUGCUUCCAAUUACACCUCCCUGAAUCCUGCAGCUUCUUCAAUAGAUACCAUUAAUACAGAUCACAGCUCUCCCCAGAAUCAAAAGCUCAGGUCUUACGACUGGAUGAGGAAAACUGGGUCGUCUAACAGUGUGGGUAAAACUAGGACAAAGGAAAAGUAUCGAGUCGUUUAUACAGAGCAGCAGAGACUUGAGCUGGAGAAAGAAUUUCACUGCAACAGAUACAUAACCAUUAAAAGGAAGUCUGAACUUGCUGCAUACUUGGGACUAUCAGAGAGACAGGUGAAAAUCUGGUUCCAGAAUCGCCGUGCCAAGGAGAGGAAAAUGAUCAAAAAGAAAAUCUCUCAGUUUGACGGAAGCAGUGGAUCCAUUCAGAGUGACUCGGGUUCUGUCAGUCCAGCUGAAUUGUCAGCCACUUUAUUCCCACCAUCACAUACAAUUAAUGGACUGCAGCCUAUUGAAAUCCAGCAGGUCACAGUUGCUGACUGA